AACGUAGUUGGUAGUCAUUUCGACAGGGGAAUCGCAGACCAUUAUGAAGUUGCUAGCUAUUUUAUUGGUAAUAUUUGUGUCGGUAGAAUGUAUGCCAUUCCAUGGCCACUAUAAAAGGGUGUUAUUGAAAGGAAAGCAUAAAAGAAAUCCACAGAAUAUUAUCCCAGUUCUAGUGCCGGGCCCUGUACCAAGACCAUUUGGUCCUCCACUCAUUGGUAAUCCUCCAGCGGUUAUCCCACCACGACCAGGCUCUCCGUGGCUCCAAUUCAACCCUUCCCAAGGGCUCCAGCAGCCAUUGCUUUCACGUCCUCCUGUUCUUGCCCAGCAUCAAUUUGGAGCCCAACGAUUUGCUGUUCCAAGACCUGGACGGAUCUGGAACCCAGUCAACCAAGCCUUUGGAGUACCACAGGGUCCCCGMGCAGGUGUACCACGAUUUGAAGCCCCAAGACCAAUGCAAGGGUAUCCCUCCAAUAUGGUGUUUGGUGAUAAACAGGAGCAACCAGAGCAACACCAAAAUAAUCAACAACAACAGCAACAACAACAGCAGCAACAACAACAAUAUCCAUACCAGCCAUUCUCAUACCAGCCUUACCCUCAACCCCAACCUUAUCAAGUUGCACCCCAGCCUUCUGUUUUCCAACCCCUUCAGUCAGCUGUAAGUCCAUGCGACCCCUCCAAGCUUCCCAUGUUUCAAUGGCAGCAAGGAGCGUUCUACCCAUAUGUCGUUCAAGAGAAAAAGGAAGAAUUCUUGCCAAAGAAAAAGAAGCAGGAGUUCAAGUCAUGCCUCGACUAUCGUCUCAACGGUUACUGUGCCAACGGUGGUUACACCAUUUCUGACGGCGACAAAGAGCACUAUCAAGUAUGGUGCGACUUCCACUCAGAACCGGGCUUUGCAUGGACUCUCGUCAUGUCUCACUCAAUAAGACACAACAAUGAAACAGCCUUUUGCACCUCCUCCCUUGCYGAAAGCRUGCCUGUCCACGAAAACUCCCCYAACUGGGACUCCUAUCGACUUUCUAAGGAGAGAAUGUUGUCCGUUGCAGACCAGUCAUCCUAUUGGAGAGCAACUACUGGCUUUGCAACUCACACUCAAGACUUCAAAGACUACGUAAGAGGAAAGUUUGAAGACUUCGACAUUAUGACUUUCGAAGGCAAUGGYGUCUGCAAARAUGUCGACUACAUCAACAUCCGUGGUUUCCCAGGAUUCCACACUAAGGCCCAAUUYUGGCAACGUAAGGGCAAGCAGGCACUUCAUAUUGAUAGUGCUCAGGGAGAGUGUGCAUAUAAGCCCAUGUAUGGGACCAUUGUCGGGGAGAAUAAUUUUGGGUAUUAUUGUGAGGGUCCACAUACUMGAAACAUGUAUUUUAGAGGUACACAAAGUCCAGACAGCACCACGCAAUGGUGGUUCGGCGGCAGUAUGUACGAUUUGUAAUUAUUAAUAUUAUCUAAAUAUCUAUUGUAAAUCAAAACCUCUCGAUAAGGGAAACUGUGUAAUUGUAUAAUAUUUUCUGUGCGUAAGAGAAUUUAUCAUAAUUUACCAUAUUCAAUUAUUGUUCAACUUACAAAUGAAAUUAUACAAUGAAAAUUAUAAUUAAAUGAAUAAAUCAA